GUAAACUACAAACUCUUAAACCUACCCCCUUUUUCCUUGUUUUGUUUAUAGACUAAAAUAUUCCCGUGAAUAUGUCGUUAUAGCUUGCUUAUAUCGACCUAUCCUGUUCUCUUACCGCACUCACGUGAUUUCAUCUAAAGCGCCGCUGUGUAGGGUGAACCAGCGGAAAAUAAACACAAUUUUAGCUCUCAGUGGUAUGCCGUGUAUUGAGCGUGUAAUGAAAAUGUCGGGGGAAUUUUGCAGUCCGGAAUGGCUUAGGGAGAGUCUCCGGGCUGGUGAAAAAGUGCUUCUUAUGGACUGUCGUCCCCAAAACGACUAUGUAAGAUCUCAUAUUAAGGGUGCAAUCAACGUCACACUGCCAAACCUCAUGUUGAGGCGACUCAAGAAGGGAAAUCUGAAAAUAUCCUGUCUCAUACAGAAUAACGAAGCUAAGGAAACUUUUAACAGACUAUGGAAGACACACAAAAUUGUGAUUUAUGAUGAGUGUACAACGGAUUCUAACUCCAACCCAUCCAGUGUGGUGGAUCUACUUAUGAAGAAGUUACGCCAGGAUGGGGCGAAUGUCUCGUGUUUGACGGGAGGUUUUCCACAGUUUGAAAAAAUAGCCAAAGAUCUGUGUCGGAGAACUGAAAAUACAGAUGAAUCAAUUUUCGGAUUGUGCAAUUUAAAAAUUUCGGACGAUUCCGGAAACGGAACCUCUGAAUCGGACAGUGAAAAUCUGAAUUCUCCAGGAUGUAUGUCCCCAUAUCCAGUGGAAGUACUUAACCAUCUUUAUCUUGGAAACGCUAAAAAUUCCGCGGAUAUUAACUUGCUGAAGAAGUUUGGAAUUAAAUACAUUUUGAACGUUACUCCCAAUGUGCCAAAUAAAUUUGCAGAGGACAAUGACUUUAAAUACAUGCAAAUCCCAGUCUCGGACCAGCUCUCCCAGAAUUUGUCUGCCUUUUUCCCAGAAGCAAUAGCUUUCAUCGACGAAGCCCGCGAAAACGGUUGUGGAGUCUUGGUACACUGCCUUGCCGGCAUUAGUCGGUCCGUCACCGUAACCGUAGCCUACCUCAUGCAGAAGGAACACAUGAGUCUAAACCAAGCCUAUGACCACGUCAAAGGAUGUAAACCCAACAUUUCCCCAAAUUUCAACUUCAUGGGGCAGCUCUUAGACUUUGAAAAAACUCUCUCAGGAGAUAACACACAAGGCCACACGAGUUUCUUUUGCCAAAGAUCAAACACUAUUGAAACAGACACCAGUGUGCGGCAGACGUGAAAAGAAGAGUGAAAUAAACAAUGUUUACAGUAUGACGGGAACUGUUUUUUGUCUCCCGCUACAAAAAACGAAGAAAAUGCCCGCAGAACACCGUGAGAAAAAGAUUCGAGGCUUAAACGCUAGCACAUGUGGAUACCAAAUACCAGAACGACGGUUUAAUGAAUUGGAAGACUUUAAGUGCCAACACGAUGAUCUCAAAAUAAAA